AUGACAAAAAAUAAAUAGAAAAGUGGAUAAACUUUUUAACGGUUUAAUGAAACGUAAAUAAAUGGAAGCCAUUCUUGCUGUUAUAAGGCCUAAACAAAAUGUUCAAGGCCAUGACUAUAAAGCCAAACUGUACGACAUUCUUCUACUUGAUCACAAAACGGUUGACAGACAAGGAAGGCCAGCUAAGUAUCUGCCCACGUGCACACUAAUGGUGGAGAGGGAACCCAGGGAUGAAAUUUUACCUCAGGUUUGCUCCAUGACAGGUGGUGAUCAUGUCGGAAUAAAGCCUGAAAGAGCCCUUGUUAUCCCCUGGAAAGACAGUCAUCGAUCGUCAUUAAAUGGUUUCACAUUAUUUUGCAUUCCUGUUAGUCAUCGCGACAAACUGAACGCGUCAUUUGCUGAUAAAUCACCACUUGGCAUUGCAUUUUACCCUUUAGACCAGUUAAUAAACACUAUGCAUUCUUCUGCACCAACAUUGGUGCCGCUGACAAAAACUUUUGUUCAACACAUUGAACAGUGGCUGAAAGAAAAGCAUUCCAAGCAAGGAGCUCUUGACUAUAUUUUUAGGUCUAGAGCUGAAUUCAGGGUAAAGAUGAAUGUUAGCAACCCUGUGUUCCUACCCUAUAAUAUGGGAUUAUCAAAUAAUCAAAACAAGUAUCUACAGAAUGAGUAUCCAGAAGAAAUUCGAAGUCAGACCAAUGAAAUAUUGGCUAAAAUGAUGGCAAUAGAAAAAUGCACUAAGGUUGCCAUUAAUCCACUGUUUGGAUCAGGCCUUGUAGGAACUGGUAGGAGGCGUCACACAUACCCACCUGUUGAUUAUCCAUCAGGUACACUGUCAAGAAAAAGCAGUUUAAACAGUUUGAUUGAUCCUGAUCGCUAUUCAUUGGAAGGGAGACAGAAUUAUCCUUUACAUGUGUUUGCAUCGAAAGGUGAUUUUCAAAAAGUUGUUGACUGCGUUACUCAAGGACAAUCUCCCACACAAAGAGAUUCCUACGGAUGGGCACCAAUUCAUUGUGCUGCCUAUGAAGGCAACCAUGACAUAGUGAAAUACCUCUUGUUGGCAGGUUGUUCUCCAAACUUAGUCAAUGCUGAUGAAAGAACACCUCUUCACCUUGCCGCUAAUGCUGGACAUUUGGAUGUUGUUAAUAUUCUUCUCAGUCAUCCACAUAUAGAUAUAAAUGUUGUUGACAAGAGAGGUCAGACAGCUUUGGAUACUUGUAAUCAGAAGAGGCAAUGGGAACACAUACAGGUGGCCAAAAGAAUUGAAAUGGCAAUGCGAAAACCUAAACAGAUAGAGGUACGUGUAAUGGAUGGCACAAAGAAAAGCUUGAACCUUGUUGAUGGCGCUAACACAACAGUUCAUCAGCUGAAUCAACAGAUGUUGCGAGAAUAUGACAUGCCUGAGACACCCUAUGCUGAUAUUUUCACUAUCUGGAUCUGCUCAGAAAGUCUGGAGCUCCAGUUAAAACCAGAGCACAAACCACUGGAACACAUGAACAGUUGGAAAAGGAAGAUUGUGGGUAAUUUGACAGACGGAGAUCCUAGUACAGAGGAGCCGCAUUUAAAAUGGCGGAGAAAUGCAAAAAUAAGUCUGAUAGUUGAGUGUGAAGUGACCCAUAGAGAUGCCAUUAAUCUGCUGUUUCACGAAGCAAGGUACAAUUACAUAAAUGCCUACUACCCCUGUAAGGAGCAGGACAUAUUGCAAUGUGCUUCAAUCCUCUUGUACUUGAAGUAUGGAGGAACAGCCGAUGUCUCAUCAGCAAAGUCAUUUCUGGGGAAGCAGAGCAACUUGAAUAAGUUGGUGCCAAUGCCAAACUUGAACUCGCGCUCAAACUGGACAAACAAGAUCCUACAUAGCUAUAAAGAGUUUGUGAAAAGUGCUACAGGUGAGAACUCUAUUCGACCUCAGAUCCAGUUUCUCAGCAUUUGCAGAAAACUCACAGUGUACGGAUCAGCAUUCUUCACCGGAAACCUUCAAACGAGCCCAAAACCAAAAGAUUCCGUAAAGUGCCUUAUUGCUGUCAACGACGUGGGAAUACAUAUCAUCAACUAUCAGACCCGACAAAUGCUGCACACAUACAAGUAUUCCGAAAUCUCAUGGCAAAUCCCCAACGAGUAUGGGGUGCUGGAACUGACUGUUGUGAGGCCUGACACUCGGUCAGGAAAUCGACACAUACCAAGGAAUCCUCUUAAACUGAUAACAAAACAGGCUGGAAUGAUAAAUCCCCUCAUGAGUAAGCUGUCCAGAAUGAUGGCAUAUAACAUUUGAUAUUUGAAAAUAAUAAGGUCAAAAAGGUCAAGAUGUCUUAAUGUCUCUUCCUGUGAUAAAAUUUUUAAAUUAUUAUCAUUUUGUAACAGUUACAUAUUUUGGCCCUUCAGGUAUUUUAUUGUAAUGUUUGGAUAUGAAAUGGUUGUUAAAUAUUUUCUUAUCUUAAUUUAUUAUUUCAUUGAAUAGACAUUUAAAGUGUUCAUAUUUCAGGGUCUUCCCCAGGCCAUUUAAGCGCCCUUUGCCGGGGCGCUUGAAUUUCGAAAUCAGAGUCCCCGGGGCGCUUGAAAUUUUCCGAUCAGUGUAUUCUUCAGUAAAAGGAAGUGGAGAUUGUCCAAAAAAAUCAAGGUUUCCCUAUCAGUGUAUCAAUAUUUUCUGUUUUAAAAGAGCACUCGGUACCUACUUUCACAAGUAAUCGCCAUAAACACCACAUGGGGUAAUGGAUAAUCCACUGAUUAGAGAAUAGCAUGACGCGCGUAUCGAUUAUUCUAUCCACAUUACACGGUCAUUUAAAUGCUGACAAGGAUGUAUCUGGUAACUUUCCAGUCGUCAAACUGUGAAGCUCAUCGUCCAAUCGGUUACGCGAAUGCUUAUGAGGGCGGGGUUAACUAUCGACCAUUAUUUUUGAUUGACGUCGGGCAUGAAGUAAGAGUUUAUCGCAGCUUGAUUAGCAAGAAGUUGUACCAUUUGAGUAAUAUAAAACCGGUAAUUAGUACAGUACAGAACAUUAAAGACGGUUUCGGGCAUCAUCAUCACACCUUUUUACUGUAAACAAGUGUUACAUAUGACUCAUAAUUAAUACGAGAAAUCAAUUGCAAGUGGUAAACAAUUAAUUAUUAUAGCGAGUAAGUUGUGCAAAUGACUCCCGGUUACAAUUAUGUGAUAACAAUUUAUUUAAUUCCAGUACAUGUAUAUUUAAACAUGUCCAUUUAUAGAACUGAUUCACCUCGUUUUUCUGACAUUUAUUCGACACGUAAUGCGCUUUAACAAAUUUUCGUUGAAUUAAUUACGCACACUUGUAAAUGUUUCGUCCGAUAAUCGAUAGUUAGAAGGCUGAUGAUGGCAACCGGCCGUGAUCCUCGUGGACAACGUGAAUUUCAUGCAUUAUUCCGUCAAAACAUUUAUUCGACUCGUAAAGUGUUUAAACAAAUUAUCGUUGAAUUUAUAACGCAACGGUAAAUAUUUGUUGAAAUCUCAAAUGAGAAUAAUUAAAUUUGUAAUCCGAAACCCAUUCCCGUAAGUCGAUGUUAACGCGUUUUUAAUCCGAAACACACUUCCGAAUGUAAAUGUUACCGCAACGUUAAAUAUUUUUGCUUCAAAUUAGCAGUGCAAAUUUAUUUUGUGUCGAAUCUUUUUCUCAAUUAAAAAGAGCGCGAAAAUUAUGCAGCAUGUACAACGUCGCGUCUAUUGCAUACAAAUGGCGUGUAUUGAGCGUUUUAACAAGCACACAACAGGUCAGGGGAUUGACGCAUAUUCAGAGGCAUAUUCAGAGGAAAUAUUUAAUCAAAUCUAUAAAUAGUCACUUAAAAAUGGCAAGGUUUGUGUUAAAGAAAUAACUGAAAGCUUUUAUCGUAAAUAUUUACUAGAAAGAGAUUGAUAACAACGGAAUAAACGGGAUUAUCGGGUAAUAAAUAGAAACUUGAAAAAUAGUAAGUAUACAGGAAUAGAGUCGGGUUGAAACGGAUGUAUUGGGGAAUCGUUCGAGGCGGGAUUUUACUAUCUGUGCGGAAAAGUUUUAAAACAAUUAAACAAUAUAAAAAAUAUAUUUUUAAAUGACUGGGGGAUUUUUUUUAAGAGUCAUAGCGCACCAAAUGACGUCUUUUGACGCUGUUUUUCUUUGGGUUAUAACGCACCACAGAACGUGAAUUGACACGUUAAAUAAAUAAAAAAUCAACGUAGGGAGGGGACAACCCUCCCGAAUCCACCCCGAUCGGCCCCGGGGCGACUAAAAAAAAUCCUGGGGAAGGCACUGAUAUUUUAUAAGUUAUGGUUUGUUGGACUGUUAUUGCAUCAUGAAUAUAGUAGACGCAAUAUAAUUUUAUUUUGAUUCAAUUUGAUAAUUACAUGUUAGUCACAUAUUAUCUAGUAAUUGAGUGAGUACUUGUAAAUUGUGUCUGAAAUUCAAGACAUAACAUUUUAUUUAAACAUAAAAAAUCAUUAAGAUUACAAAAACCUUAAACUUUUUUAUUCAAGUAUUGUCGCCAGUGAACAAAUUAAACCAAUGAUUUACAAUUUUGGAAUCAUUUCAGAAAGUUAAAAGUUUCUGUGUGCUUACGCUUCUGGUCUUACUUGCAUACGCAUAAUUGCCAUUUAUUUUACAAGUGUAACUUAUGCAUACUACUUCGAUUUAGAAUGAUUUUCAAUAUGAAAUAGUGGCGGAGUGGCGAUCAAUUUAUCUGGGUGGCAGGUUUUAAUAUUGCUUAUGCCUUGCUAUAUAAUAAAAUUGAUAAGAUGCAUUUUUGGAUAUUUGAUGCUCUUGUUUGCUGUUUUAUCAAUGUAUAUUUGAAUGACUUAUUUUAAGAUCUUGCUUCCACUGUCAGAUUAACAUUACUACUGUUACUUAUGUAAACUUUUUAAUACAUUUUUUUUUGAAAGUGCGGAACUUCUUCUCUAGGAUUUAAAAUUUAGGUCACUAGGUUAUAUGGAAAUUAAAGUUUGUGAACACUUUUGAAGUCACUUUUAUUCCACAGCCACCUUCAAACUUGCAUAAAAUAUUUGUUUAAAAUAUAUCUUAAUUGAGUUUGUAAAUAGUGGUUGUAGCAAUAUUGAUCCUUUGUGGCGUGAAGCAGAUUUCCUUAUAUGGCUAUUGAAAAACCUUGUGAACUUUCAAUAAGUCACAUCUGUUGUCCAAUCAUCAUGAAACAUUACCAAAAUAUUUAUUUUAAUAAUGUCUCUGCAGAGGGGUGUUUUUUUCUGAAGUCUACAGUUAAAAUUCACUGCUUGCAACAGUAAAUUUCUGUCUGUUGUGAGAGCCUUAGGACUUUGGCUGUCUUCUUUCUAAUGUGUUAUUACUCUGUUUAUGCCCUCCAAAGGGAGGCAAAUUGUUUCUGCACUGUCUGUCAGACUAUCAGUGUGUUUGAUUUUUUGGGGUUUCCAGUCAAUAACUCAAUCAGUUUUAAUCUGAUCAUCACCAAACUUUCAGAAAAUGUUUAUUAGCCUUAAAUGGAGGCCUUAACUAAAAACUGCACAAUUUUACCAAGCACUUUGGAGUUAUGGCCCUUAAGUUAUUGCCCUUAAUUUGUAUUCUGUUUGCGAAAUAUUGCGGAAUAUAUCUUGAACACUUGAAAGAAGUAUAAAUGUGAACCUUCAUAGGAAGGUAGAUAUCAUGUAGGGGAUGGGUAGUGCAUAAGAAUCAUUGAUCUUGCUUUCCUAUUUUUUUAUGCCCCCCUUCGAAGAAGAGGGGGUAUAUUGCUUUGCUCAUGUCGGUCGGUCGGUCGGUCUGUCGGUCCGUCCACCAGGUGGUUGUCAGACGAUAACUCAAGAACGCUUGGGCCUAGGAUCAUGAAACUUCAUAGGUACAUUGAUCAUGACUCGCAGAUGACCCCUAUUGAUUUUGUGGUCACUAGGUCAAAGGUCAAGGUGACCAGAAAUAGUAAAAUGGUUUUUGAAUGAUAACUCAAGAACGCAUACGCCUAGGAUCAUGAAACUUCAUGGGUAGAUUGAUUAUGACUUGCAGAUGACCCCUAUUGAUUUUGAGGGCACUAGGUCAAAGGUACGGUGACCCGAAAUAGUAAAAUGGUUUCCGGAUGAUAACUCAAGAACGCAUACGCCUAGGAUCAUGAAACUUCAUGGGUAGAUUGAUCAUGACUUGCAGAUGACCCCUAUUGAUUUUGAGGUCACUAGUUCAAAGGUCAAGGUCACGGUGACCAGAAAUAGUAAAUUGGUUUUCGGAUGAUAACUCAAGAACGCAUACGCCUAGGAUCAUGAAACUUCAUAGGUAGAUUGAUCAUGACUUGCAGAUGACCCCUAUUGAUUUUAAGGUCACAAGGUCAAAGGUCAAGGUCACGGUGACCCGAAAUAGUAAAAUGAUUUUCGGAUGAUAACUCAAGAACGCUUUUGCCUAGGAUCAUGACACUUCAUAGGUACAUUGAUCGUGACCCGCAGAUGACCCCUAUUGAUUUUCAGGUCACUAGGUCAAAGGUCAAGGUCACAGUGACAAAAAUCGUAUUCACACAAUGGCUGUGACUACAACGGACAUCCCAUAUGGGGGGCAUGCAUGUUUUACAAACAGCCCUUUUUGAGUAAUUGCCCUUUGUAAAAAUGUGUGUUCACUUAAAGUUUAUCUAAAGCAUAUACUGAAAAGCAAAAGAGGUAUCAAGUUGAAACUGUAUAUGAAUGUAGAUAACAUUCAGGGGAUGUGCAGUGCACACAAACCAAACUCCUGCUUGCCUGCUUCAGGUGUAUUGCCCUUUAUUAAUGUGUUCUUUAUUUUUUCUGAAGCCAAACUUAAAAUUAAAAAUGGUAUCAACUACAAACUUAAAAGGAAGGUACAUGUUUAUCUCAUUACGGGGAUGUGCAGUGCACAAGAACUACAAAUCGUGCUUCAAUAUGUAAGAGGUAUUGCCCUUUGUGAUUUUUAGCUCGCCUGUUUUCGGAGAAAACCCGAGGUAUUUACAUAGCCAGCUCGUUGUGUCGUGUCCGUCGUCGUCCACCGUCCGCGUCGUGCUAAAACCUUAACAUUUUGUCCAGGUUUUGAACAUUGCCUCUAAAAACAAAGUGCUUCAACCUACAACUUUGAAAAUUCAUAUGUAGCUGCACCUUGAUGAGUUCUACAUGCCAUACCCAUUUUGGGGUCACUAGGUCAAAGGUCAAGGUCACUGUGACCUCUAAAAAAAGAAAAUCUGACAAGCUUUCAUUUAUUCAAAACUGCACCCGCAGCCGAGCAGUGCUCUUGUUUUGUCUGGGGCAUAUGUUGAAAAGUAAAAUUGUAAUCAACUUCAAACUUUUUAGGUAAAUAAAUGUUAUUUAGGGCGUACGCAGUGCACAAGCAUCAUACCUUUUGCUCUACUAUUUUUAGAGUUAUUUCCAUUUUUAGCUCACCUGAGCACAACAUGCUCAUGGUGAGCUUUUUUUUGUGAGCUUUAGCGUUGUGCCUUGUGCGGCGUCAACAUUUGCCUUGUUAACUCUCUAGAGGCCACAUUUAUUGUCCAAUCUUCAUGAAAUUUGGUCAGAACAUUGGUUUCAAUGAUAUCUUGGAUGAGUUCAUUUGCUUGAAAAACAUGGCUGCCAAGGGGCAGGGCAUUUUUCCUUAUAUGGCUGAUUUUCAUAAAACUUGGUCAGAAGAUUCAUGCCAAUAAUAUCUUGGACUAGUUCGCAAAUGAUGCCGGUUGGUUGAAAAACAUGGCUGCAAGGGGGCGAGGCAUUUUUCCUUAUAUUGCUAUAGUAAAACCUUGUUAACACUCUAGAGGCCACAUUUUUUUCCCGAUCUUCAUGAAACUUGCUCAGAAGAAUUGUCCCACUGAUAUCUUGGAUGAGUUCAAAAAUGGUAACCUUUGCUUGAAAAACAUGACUGCCAAGGGAUGGGGCAUUUUUCCUUAUAUGGCUAUAGUAAAAUUUUGUUAACACUCUAUAGAGGCCACAUUUAUUGUCCAAUCUUUAUGAAACUUGGUCAGAAGAUUCCUCCCAAUAAUAUCUUGGACAAGUUCGAAAAAGAUGCCGGUUGGUUGAAAAACAUAGCUGCCAGGGGGCGUGGCAUUUUUCCUUAAAUGGCUAUUUACUACAAAACCUUGUUAACACUCUAGAAGUCACAUUUAUUAUCCAAUCUUUAUGAAACUUGAUCAGAACAUUUGUUCUAACAAUAGCUCGAGUGAGUUUGAAAAUGGCUAUGGUUCGUUGAAAAACAUGGCCGCCAGGGGGUGGAGGGCAGUUGUCCUUAUAUGGCUUUAGUGAAAACUUGUUGACACUAUUAGCCACAUUUAUUGGCCAAUCUUCAUGAAACUUGGUCAGAACAUUUGUCUCAAUGAAAUUUUGCCAGAAAUUGAAGCUGGGUCAUAUAAUCUCAAAAACUAGGUCACAAGGUCAAAUAUUAAAAAAAAACAUGUUAAAAGUCACUUUUUUGGUCCAAAAUAAUCUUCAUGAAUCAGCUUGCAUUUUUUUCAGAAUAGUCUAGUUCCUUUGGCUUUCAGGUGAGCGCCUUAGGGCCUGAUGGCCCUCUUGUUUUAUAUUUUAAUUGACAUAAUAACAGUCGACCCAACACUAAUGUAUGUGUCAAGUAUUAUGUAGUAGGUACAGCUGUGUGGAUGAAAGUAUUUCUUGUUUUAAAUGUAAUGAAAUAGUAAGUUGUAUAUUGUAAUGUUUCAGACAAAAAAAUGAUUUUAUAAAACACAAUAUGUGAUAUUCCUUAUGUUUAAAUAAAUGUGACUGAAUUCUUUUAGGAUGAACAAUUGCAUUUUACAAAAUGCAAAAAAUGAACAAUAAAUUAAUAUAUAUACUUAAGUGAUAAUUUUCUUUUUAAAUUCUUACAUCUCAAAGUGAAAAUAUACAACAUUUUUUUACAUAAUUUUAUAUACCGUAAAUCUGCGAAUAUAAUACGCCCUCUUAUAUAAUACGCACCCCAGAGUUUUGUAGAAAUUUAUUGGUAAAAAUUGAAAAUCCUAGUAAAAUAUGCACUGAAAAAAUUAGUGUCCGAAAUAGGACAUUUCCGAAAAAAUGGGUCAAUAUAUUAUUGUGUUGUGAAAAUAGCAAAUCAAUUUGGGGUUAUCAACCAUCUGUUUCACUGUAAUACCCCGGUUUAUUGAUCGCGAUGUGUUAUCGUGCUGUUGUCAUGACAGUUGCAUCUUAAAUCGCUCUGUAUAUUGUUUAUAUUACCGUUGGUUGUUACCGAUAACACACGGACCACCUGCUGACACCCCGGUCAAGCAGUCAUAAUUGCAAAAGAAAGAAACAGAGACGCUGUUUGUUUGUUUUUAAACAUUAAAUUCCAUUUGACAAUAUUCAGGAUGAUAAUAAUUAUAAUAAUAAUAUAAUAAUAAUUAGACAAAGUGGUUACUUCCGUUUUUUAUAGUAGUCUAGAUGAAUUACUCUUCUGAAGUGUUACAUACUUUAAUUAAACUUAAAACAAAAUUAAACCGCUGGUGUUUUUCUCGAAUCCCUUUAUUUAAAAUACACCGCUGUUAUUUAGAAUAGUUUGGGAGUAAAACGCAAAUUAAUUAUCACCUUUCAAUUUAAUUCGGCAAUCGACAGAAAGGUGUAAUAUUAGCGUCAUAGAAUUAAUUAUUUAAUUACCACUCUAUUCUUCAGAUAUGGUAAAUAUUUGGAAGAAUGAUAAUAUUGGUCAGCUUAUAAAUAUUUAUUUACGGGUAUUGUCACGUUGUUGUUUUUUUCAUUUGCUAAUCUCUUUAUACAACUUAGGGUCCGGUCGCUUUUUUGUAGGCAGACGAUGAUAUUAACUGUGUAUUCAAAGUAUACAGUGUCUGCGCGUGAAUGACCCAAUAUUAUCCGAUAACUCCACCCCUUCUCCCGUUUCAUUCAACAACGUCAUGUUAUGUGUAAGCGAGCUCAAUGUUGAUUGGCCAGCUACCAUGUGCACUUCAAUAACAAUAAGAUCAAGCAAUGUCUCAUAAUCAGGUACAGACCGGGUUUCGUUUACUGUUCGAAUUGCGAACACUUUCAUUGAAACAAAGAGACAAAUAUGGAAACCAAUCUGAUAUAAAUGGCGGAUGUUUUCAACGAAAUAUUACUAGAUUUUCGCAAAUAACAUUGUUAUUGAGCCUAAUUCUCAACAUUUUCGCAAAUGGCAAAAAUGAAGAACGUCAGCGCGAGUCAUUUUGCCCCCCUUUUGAUGUAAUGGUGUGGUUCAAAAUUUCUGCCACGCAGCGAAUAACAACGAUUAAGUUGACAAUUGUCACAGGAAAAUUUUUGUUCUGCUCUAAACUCGUAUAUAAUACGCAUCCCCUACUUGAAGAAAAAUUAAGCAGGUAAAAAAGUGUGUGUUAUAUUCGCAGAUUUACGGUAAUUUUUAUGCCCCCGGUAGGGUGGCCUAUAGCAUUUGAAUUGUCCGUCAGUCAGUGUGUCUGUCCGUCCGAAUAAAAAACAUUAACGUUGGCCAUAACUUUUUAAAUAUUGAAGAUAGCACCUUGAUAUUUGGCAUGCAUGUGUAUCUCGAUGAGCUUCACAUUUUGUGUGGUAAAAUUUCAAGGUGAACAUCAUCCUUCAAGGUCUAGGGUCGAAAACACAAAGUCAAGGGAAGUACAUGUAAUAAGCUUUAAAUGGACAUAGUUAUCUGACCUGCCCACGUAUAUAUUUUUGUUAAAAAAAUCAAAGCGGCGCAGUAGACGGCAUUGUGUUUCUGACAAACACAUUGUGGUAAAAGGUCAAGGUCAUCCUUUACGGUCUAUGGUAAAAAUACAGAUUUAAGGGAAGAAAUAAGCUUUAAAAAAGGAAGAAAAUUAUUCAAUAUUGAACAUAGCCACUUUAUAUAUUUGGAAUGCAUGUGUAUCUCAUGGAGCUGCACAUUUUGAGUGGUGAAUCUACAGUCACAGAAGUGGCUUUUAAUUAUUUGCUACUAAAAAUAGAGAUUUGUUACAGACAAUUAUUUUCAAGGGAAGUAUAUAAUUUAUAUAAUUAUAAAUCUCAUAUUAAUUAUUUCCUUACCAAGAAUUGAAGUUCUUUUCACAGUUACUGUACAGAUUUAUUAUUUUGAUUAUUUAUAACCCAAAUGAUUGAUUUGUGAACGUUUUUUUUAAGGAUAUAAUUUCUUUGAUGUUCAUUACAUACCUGUGGACAUAUUUCCAUAGAUACAUGAUCAACUCUGGUUAUGAUCUCUUUUAAACCACAGGCCUUGGUUGUCAGUGACGUCUGACAUGGUCAUAAUUGACUGUGAGACCCCCCUCUCCCCCGGUUGGAUUGGACAAAAUUCAAGGGAAGUAAUAACCUUUAAGAGGAGAUGAUUUCUAUACCUGCCAAAUGAUAAAUAGAAAUUUUAUUUCAAUGCGGCGCAGUAGGGGGCAUUUUGUAUAAUGAAAAUGUUUGUUUCUUACAGAUAUAUCAUCAGGGUGUUUACAGAAUGUGUUAUGAUGGUGAUUAAUGCAUUAUAUUUAUGUUAUUUGCUAGUUAAAGAAUAAAGUAAACAAAACAGAUUUGUUUUGAAACUCA